AUGAAUUUUAACCAACAAAAAUUACUUUCUUGUCUUUAUGCUGGUCAAAAAGUUGAUAUACAAAGAUCAAAUGGUCGUAUUCAUCAAGCUACUAUUAUAAAAGUUAAUCAUCCAACCAAAACUAUUUCUGUUGAAUGGGAAGAAAAAAAUGAAGAUAAAGGAAAAGAAGUUGAUCUAGAUGCUAUUUUUCAUUUAAAUCCAAAUUUAUUUACAUCAAUUACAAAUCCUUCGUCACAUAAUGAUUAUCAUGUACAUGAUAAUAUGACAACACAUCCAAAUCGUCGUACUCGACAAGAUUAUGAAAAUCUUCGAAAACAACCACAAACAACUUCAAAUGCACGACCUGGAGGAAUUUCAAAUGCACAAACAUUACACUAUAAUAAUGAUUUAUCACCAAAUAGACAACAAAAUCCAUAUACAUCAACAAAUGAUGUAAAUAAAUCAAAAGUAGUUAAAGAAAUUGAACGUAUAGCAGCAAAUCGUGAAAAACGACGAGCUAGACAAGAAGAACGUCGUCAAAAAUUAUCUGAAGUUGAUCAUUCAAUACCAGCAUGGGAAUUUCAAGCAAUGAUUGCUGAAUAUAGACAACAACUUGAUAUAAAACCUUUAACAAUAAAUGAUUCACAAAAAGAUUUAAAAAUAUGUGUUUGUAUACGUAAAAGACCAAUAACGAAAAAAGAAUUAAAUAAAAAAGAUAUUGAUGUAUUAACAAUACCAAAUAAAGAUCAUGUUAUUGUACAUUUACCAAAAGUUAAAGUUGAUUUAACAAAAUAUAUCGAUAAUCAAAGAUUUCGUUUUGAUUAUACAUUUCGUGAAUCAUGUAAUAAUGAACUUGUUUAUCAUUUUACUGCCAAACCUUUAGUACAAUUAUUAUUUCAAGGAAAUAAUCCAAUGGUUUUUGCUUAUGGACAAACCGGCUCUGGUAAAACAUAUACAAUGGGUGGUGAUUUAAGUCAACGUGAUGUUGAUUUUUCUAAAGGAAUAUAUGCAUUAACAGCGAAUGAUAUAUUUCUUCAUUUAAAUAAACCUUUGAAUAAAGGUCAAUAUGAUGUUUAUUGUACAUUUUUUGAAAUAUAUUGUACCAAAGUUUUUGAUCUAUUUAAUGAUAAAAAACGUUUACGUGUAUUAGAAGAUCAUAAAAACUUAGUUCAAGUUGUUGGUAGAAAAGAAGAACAAGUUCAAACAGUUAAUGAAGUUAUGUCAUUAAUACGACGUGGAAUGAGUGUGCGUACGUCCGGCACGACAUCAGCUAAUGAACAUUCAUCACGAUCACAUGCUAUUUUUCAAAUUUCACUAAAAAAAAAGAAUAUAAAUAAAGAAUAUGGAAAAAUUUCCUUAAUUGAUUUAGCUGGAAGCGAACGUGGACGUGAUACACAAACAAAUGAUAAAGUUACAUUAAUGGAAGGUGCACAAAUCAAUAAAUCCUUAUUAACAUUAAAAGAAUGUAUACGUUCAUUAGGUCGUAAUGCUGAACAUAUACCAUUUCGAGGUUCAACAUUAACAAAAGUUUUACGUGAUUCAUUUAUUGGAGAAAAAUCUAAAGUUUGUAUGAUAGCAAUGGUAUCACCAGGAAGUAGUGAUGUUGAACAUACAUUAAAUACAUUACGUUAUGCUGAUCGUGUUAAAGAAUUAAAUGUUGAUGAACUUAUACAACGUGGUGUUGAAAUUCAUCAAAAACAAAAUCAAAAUGAACCAUAUGAUCUUCAAUUAACUCAUGAUGAGGAUGAUGAUGAUGAUGAUGAUGAUCAUUUUAAUGAAACAAUAUCUCAACCAUUACCAUCAUCACGUUCAAAUGCACGAAAACCUCAACAACAAAAUAAUAGUAAUAAACGUCCAUUAGAAAAUCAACAUUUAAAACGUAAAUUUGAACAAGCGAUUGCACGUUCACAUGAUAUUGAAGAUUUAACAUUAGAAUCUCAUCAUCAACUUCUGGAUGAUUUACCACAAAUAGUUGCUAAUCAUCAACUAUUACUUGAUUCAUCAACAAAAAUGAAUUAUGAUCGAGAAGAUUAUGCUAAACAGUUAAUUCAUCUUAUUGAUAAACACCAACAACAUUUGGCAAAAUUACGUACUAAAGCAUUACAAAUGCGUGACGCUGUUGCCUAUGAAGAAUCAUGUGCGAAAUUAUUACCAUUAAAAUGA